CAUAGCGUCACGUCCGGUAGAAGAGGAGGGGUCCCAAGGUUGAUACUUUUGUUCAAUAAUCCUAGUACCUUAUCUACAGAUAAAUAUUAUAAAGAGGAUACCUCUGCCUCACACACACAGCCUCCUUCCAGAAGUUCCAGUACUUUAUCCUCGAGUAGCAGCUAGAUCCCUUGCAGCAAAAGGACCAGUGAACUCACAGAAGCCACGUGACUGCAGUGACCUCACCUCUUCUGUCCUUUAACCGGACUGGAUCUAGCUACUACCAGGUGUCACAUUUAUAGCAUCAGACUCAGUCACUGACGAUAAACAAGAUGAACAAAUACAGGAAGCAGAUAGCAGAACAGUUCCUGAGUCAGGCCCUGGGCAUCAUCUGCCUACUGACCGGAGAGGAAUACACCAUUGUGAAGAAGAGGCUCUCCCACAGCAGCGUUCAACAGCUGAGCGGAGAAGUGCCUAUAAAGUGUGAUGAUGUUGCUGUGUAUUUCUCUAUGGAGGAGUGGGAGUAUAUAGAGGGACACAAGGAGCUUUACAAGGACGUCAUGAUGGAGACUCACCAAGCACUAAGGACUAAGGAGAUCCAUGGAAAUGAGAACUCAGAACUAACAGGUCACAGAGAUGAAAAUCUAUAUACAGGAUCACAUAGAGAACUUGUACAGAAUAUUCAGCCAGUGGAAUCCCCAUCAGACGUCUCUGCAGAUCUAACAGGUCACAGUGAUGAAAAUCUAGACACAGGAGCACAAGGAGACCUACAGAAAAUUCAGCCAUCAGAUGUCUCUGCAAAUGACAUUAAUACUGACGUAGAUGUUAAAACAGAAGAUCUGAGUGUAACGUGUCAGCUGGAAGCUCCAAUGCAGGAAUUGUGUGACAGUGACAAUGAAGGUGAAAAAGAUGCUAAGAUUUCAUGUAACAUGGAACACAUAGAAGAUCAGUGGCUAAGAAAUAUAACAGAAGAUGCAGAGCAGGAAAUAUGUGACAAUAUAAAUUCAGGUGAAAAUGAUGCUAAGAUUUCAUGUAACAUGGGACAAACAAAAGAUCAGUGGCUAAGAAAUGUCCAACCAUCAGAGCAGGAAAUGUGUGCCAAUAUAAGUACAGGUGAAUUUACAAACUGCAAUAAUCCUAGUCAUGAUCAGAGUCCAAAUGCUUCUUUAAAUCUUCAAAAUCAAAGAAGCCACAUGGGAAAUUUAUGUACUGAAUGUGGGAAAUGUUUUCUUAAGAAAUCACAUCUUCUUAAACAUCUAAAAAUUCAUACAGGAAAAAAGCAAUUUUCCUGUCCUAUAUGUGGGAAAUGUUUUAACUGUAAAAACAUUCUUGUUGCUCAUCAGAAAAUUCAUACAGGGGAGAAAGCAUUUUCAUGUUCUGACUGUGGAAAAUGUUUUACUCGGAAAUCAACUCUUCUUAUGCAUCAACUAAUUCAUACAGGGGAGAAAGCAUUUUCAUGUUCUGACUGUGGAAAAUGUUUUAUCCUGAAAUCAACUCUUAUUAGACAUCAAACAAUUCAUACAGGGGAGAAAGCAUUUUCAUGUUCUGACUGUGGGAAAUGUUUUACGCAGAAAUCACAUCUCAUUACACAUCAGAAAAUUCAUACAGGGGUGAAAGGAUUUUCAUGUUCUGACUGUGGAAAAUGUUUUACUCGGAAAUCAACUCUUCUUAUGCAUCAACAAAUUCAUACAGGGGAGAAAGCAUUUUCAUGUUCUGACUGUGGGAAAUGUUUUUCUCAAAAAUCAAAUCUCAUUACACAUCAGAAAAUUCAUACAGGGUUGAAAGUAUUUUCAUGUUCUGACUGUGGAAAAUGUUUUACUCGGAAAUCAACUCUUCUUCUGCAUCAUCAAAUUCAUACAGGGGAGAAAGCAUUUUCAUGUUCUGACUGUGGGAAAUGUUUUACUCAGAAAUCAAAUCUCAUUACACAUCAAACAAUUCAUACAGGGGAGAAAGCAUUUUCAUGUUCUGACUGUGGGAAAUGUUUUACUCUGAAAUCAACUCUUAUUAGGCAUCAGAAAAUUCAUACAGGGGAGAACGCAUUUUCAUGUUCUGACUGUGGGAAAUGUUUUACUCUGAAAUCACAUCUUCUUAGCCAUCAGAAAACGCAUACAGGAGAAAAAGCAUUUGUGUGUUCUGACUGUGGAAAAUGUUUUACUCGGAAAUCAACUCUUCUUAUUCAUCAAAAAAUUCAUACUGGGGAAAAAGGAUUUCCAUGUUCUAAAUGUGGAAAAUGUUUUAUCCUGAAAUCACAUCUUAUUAGGCAUCAGAAAACUCAUAUUAAAAGAAAUCAGAGUUUAACCUUCUAACUGAAGAGGAAUAAUAUGGUAGUUGUCACCCACACAAUACCAAGUGCUGAUGACUGCAUGUGACGCCCUGGGGACUGCAGUUUUGGAGCUGUUUGAGGUCCCUUCUGCACCUCAAGCAUUUAUGAGAAAAAAAAACCUCUGAAAAAAACGUGCUGAAUAGAGGGCGCCAUAUUGGAGGAGGAACAGGAAGAGCAUACAUCGGGCGCCAUAUUGGAGGAUGAACAGGAAGAGCAUACAGCACAGGAGCUGCAGUGACAUGCAAACGUUUCCAGGAACCGGGUGGGAAAGCACUUCUAUUAUCUACCUGUUUUCAAAAACAUAUAGACUGUUUAGCGCAUUACCGCUCACCCUGCUAAGCACUGACCUUGUAAGUCUAUUGUUUCCUGGGAAAGCCUACCUGAUGGAGGGUGCAGAGCAAAAGGAAUGAUAGACUGGAUAAUGACUGGGUGGGGUCCUACAGGCAACAUAUAAUGUAAAGAGAAGUGCACACAGUCUGUAGGCUAUCAGAUAAUAUACCGGUAUGUGUGGUAACUUAACAAUAUUGGUAUUUCUUACAAUACUUUGAGAAUUGCACUUCGUUUCAUACAGCUCAGCAUUGGGACAUGUGUCUAUAUUGAUUUGAAAUAGAAAGUGUGAUUGCUUAUACUAAAGUGCUCAAAUGUCAUUGCUGAAAAAAAUAUGUAUAUAAAACGUUUUUCCCUGAUACAUGAAA